GGGGCGCGGGCGCGGGGAGCGCUGCAAGAUGGCGCCCACCGCAGUCCCGCCCGCCGCAGCCCCGGCGCCUCUGCAGUCCGGCCGCGCCUCCCGGGCCCCGCGCUAGCGCCGCCGCCGCCGCCCGAGCCGCCGCACCCUGACCUGUCCUGGCCGCAGCAUAACUAACGCAGCUGCUGCAGGAUGAGAAGAUGGCAGCGCGGCUGCUCGCACCGCCAGGCCCUGACAGUUUCAAGCCCUUCACCCCCGAGUCACUGGCAAACAUCGAGAGGCGCAUUGCUGAGAGCAAGAUCAAGAAGCCCCCGAAGGCCGAUGGCAGCCAUCGGGAAGACGAUGAGGACAGCAAGCCGAAGCCGAACAGUGACUUGGAGGCGGGGAAGAGCUUGCCUUUCAUCUACGGGGACAUCCCACAAGGCCUGGUCGCGGUGCCCUUGGAGGACUUUGACCCGUACUAUUUGACGCAGAAAACCUUUGUAGUAUUAAACAGAGGGAAAACACUCUUCAGAUUUAGUGCCACGCCUGCCUUGUACAUUUUAAGUCCUUUUAACCUGAUAAGAAGAAUAGCUAUUAAAAUUUUGAUACAUUCAGUAUUUAGCAUGAUCAUUAUGUGCACUAUUUUGACCAACUGUGUAUUCAUGACUUUUAGUAACCCUCCCGAAUGGUCGAAGAAUGUGGAGUACACAUUCACAGGGAUUUAUACAUUUGAAUCACUAGUGAAAAUCAUUGCAAGAGGCUUCUGCAUAGAUGGCUUCACCUUCUUACGGGAUCCAUGGAACUGGCUAGAUUUCAGUGUCAUCAUGAUGGCAUAUGUGACAGAGUUUGUGGACCUGGGGAAUGUCUCAGCGCUGAGAACAUUCAGGGUUCUCCGAGCUUUGAAAACUAUCUCUGUAAUUCCAGGCCUGAAGACCAUUGUGGGCGCCCUGAUCCAGUCCGUGAAGAAGCUGUCGGACGUGAUGAUCCUGACCGUGUUCUGCCUGAGUGUCUUCGCCCUGAUCGGGCUGCAGCUCUUCAUGGGCAACCUGCGGAACAAGUGCGUGGUGUGGCCCAUAAACUUCAACGAGAGCUAUCUGGAGAACGGCACCAGAGGCUUUGACUGGGACGAGUAUAUCAACAAUAAAACAAAUUUUUACACGGUUCCUGGCAUGCUGGAACCUUUGCUUUGUGGGAACAGCUCUGAUGCUGGGCAAUGCCCAGAGGGGUACCAGUGUAUGAAAGCGGGGAGGAACCCCAACUACGGGUACACGAGCUUCGACACUUUCAGCUGGGCUUUCCUGGCAUUGUUCCGCCUUAUGACCCAGGAUUAUUGGGAGAACUUGUAUCAGUUGACUUUGCGGGCAGCUGGGAAAACAUACAUGAUCUUCUUUGUCUUGGUCAUCUUCGUGGGCUCUUUCUAUCUGGUGAACUUGAUCUUGGCUGUGGUGGCCAUGGCCUACGAAGAGCAGAAUCAGGCAACCCUGGAGGAGGCGGAGCAAAAGGAAGCUGAGUUCAAAGCCAUGUUGGAGCAACUGAAGAAGCAGCAAGAAGAGGCACAGGCGGCCGCAAUGGCCACCUCUGCGGGAACCGUCUCCGAAGAUGCCAUCGAGGAAGAAGGUGAAGAUGGGGUCGGCUCUCCUCGGAGCUCAUCUGAACUUUCAAAACUCAGCUCCAAGAGUGCCAAGGAAAGACGAAACAGGAGGAAAAAGAAGAAGCAAAAGGAACUCUCUGAAGGAGAGGAGAAGGGAGACCCCGAGAAGGUGUUUAAGUCCGAGUCGGAGGACGGCAUGAGGAGGAAAGGCUUUCGCCUCCCGGACAACAGAAUAGGAAGGAAAUUUUCCAUCAUGAACCAGUCUCUGCUCAGCAUCCCGGGCUCCCCGUUCCUCUCCCGCCACAACAGCAAGAGCAGCAUCUUCAGCUUCCGCGGGCCGGGCCGGUUCCGGGACCCGGGCUCGGAGAACGAGUUCGCGGACGACGAGCACAGCACGGUGGAGGAGAGCGAGGGCCGCCGCGACUCCCUCUUCAUCCCCAUCCGCGCGCGCGAGCGCCGCAGCAGCUACAGCGGCUACAGCGGCUACAGCCAGGGCAGCCGCUCCUCGCGCAUCUUCCCCAGCCUGCGGCGCAGCAUCAAGCGCAACAGCACGGUGGACUGCAACGGCGUGGUGUCGCUCAUCGGAGGCCCCGGCUCGCACAUCGGCGGGCGGCUCCUGCCAGAGGUGAAAAUAGAUAAGGCAGCUGAGCACAGUACGACCACUGAAGUGGAAAUUAAGAAGAAAGGCCCUGGCUCUCUCCUGGUAUCCAUGGAUCAGCUGGCCUCCUACGGGCGAAAGGACAGGAUCAACAGUAUAUUAAGUGUCGUUACAAAUACUCUAGUAGAAGAGCUGGAAGAGUCACAGAGAAAGUGUCCGCCGUGCUGGUAUAAAUUUGCCAACACUUUCCUCAUCUGGGAGUGUCACCCCUACUGGAUCAAGCUGAAGGAGAUCGUGAACUUGAUUGUCAUGGACCCUUUCGUGGACUUGGCCAUCACCAUCUGCAUUGUCCUCAACACGCUGUUCAUGGCAAUGGAGCACCAUCCUAUGACGCCACAAUUUGAACACGUCUUGGCUGUGGGAAAUCUGGUUUUCACUGGAAUUUUCACAGCAGAAAUGUUUUUGAAGCUCAUAGCCAUGGAUCCCUACUAUUAUUUCCAGGAAGGUUGGAACAUUUUUGAUGGAUUUAUUGUCUCCCUCAGUUUAAUGGAACUGGGCCUCGCGGACGUGGAGGGACUUUCGGUGCUGCGGUCUUUCCGAUUGCUCCGAGUCUUCAAACUGGCAAAAUCCUGGCCUACCCUGAACAUGCUGAUCAAGAUUAUUGGGAAUUCGGUGGGUGCCCUGGGCAACCUCACCCUGGUGCUGGCCAUCAUCGUCUUCAUCUUUGCCGUGGUGGGGAUGCAGCUCUUUGGCAAGAGCUACAAGGAGUGUGUCUGCAAGAUCAACCAGGACUGCGUACUCCCUCGCUGGCACAUGAAUGACUUCUUCCAUUCCUUCCUCAUUGUCUUCCGCGUGUUGUGCGGGGAGUGGAUCGAGACCAUGUGGGACUGCAUGGAGGUGGCCGGCCAGGCCAUGUGUCUCAUCGUCUUCAUGAUGGUCAUGGUCAUUGGCAACCUGGUGGUCCUGAACCUAUUUCUGGCCUUGCUCCUGAGCUCCUUCAGUGCGGACAACCUGGCAGCCACAGAUGAUGAUGGGGAGAUGAACAACCUGCAGAUCUCGGUGAUUCGCAUCAAGAAGGGUGUCGCGUGGAUCAAGCUGAAAGUGCGUGCCUUCAUGCAGGCCCACUUCAAGCAGCGCGAGGCAGACGAAGUGAAGCCGUUGGACGAACUGUAUGAAAAGAAAGCCAACUGCAUUGCCAACCACACAGGCGCAGACAUCCACCGAAACGGGGAUUUCCAGAAAAAUGGCAACGGCACCACCAGUGGCAUUGGCAGCAGCGUGGAGAAGUACAUCAUUGACGAGGACCACAUGUCCUUCAUCAAUAACCCCAACCUGACCGUGCGGGUGCCCAUUGCCGUGGGCGAGUCUGACUUUGAGAAUGUCAACACAGAGGAGGUCACCAGCGAAUCGGAUCCCGACGGCAGCAAAGAUAAACUAGAUGAUACCAGCUCCUCCGAAGGGAGCACCAUUGACAUAAAGCCAGAAGUGGAGGAAGUGCCUGUGGAGCAGCCCGAGGAGUACUUGGAUCCAGAUGCCUGCUUCACCGAAGGCUGUGUCCAGCGAUUCAAGUGCUGCCAGGUCAACAUUGAAGAAGGUCUGGGCAAGUCCUGGUGGAUCCUGCGGAAAACCUGCUUCCUCAUCGUAGAACACAAUUGGUUUGAGACCUUCAUCAUCUUCAUGAUUCUCCUCAGCAGUGGUGCCCUGGCCUUCGAGGACAUCUACAUUGAGCAGAGGAAGACCAUCCGGACCAUCCUGGAGUACGCCGACAAGGUCUUCACCUACAUCUUCAUCCUGGAGAUGCUGCUCAAGUGGACGGCCUAUGGCUUCGUCAAGUUCUUCACCAAUGCCUGGUGCUGGCUGGACUUCCUCAUUGUCGCUGUCUCUUUAGUCAGCCUUAUAGCUAAUGCCCUGGGCUACUCGGAACUAGGUGCCAUAAAGUCCCUUAGGACCCUAAGAGCUUUGAGACCCUUAAGAGCCUUAUCACGAUUUGAAGGGAUGAGGGUGGUGGUGAAUGCCUUGGUGGGCGCUAUCCCCUCCAUCAUGAAUGUGCUGCUGGUGUGUCUCAUCUUCUGGCUGAUUUUCAGCAUCAUGGGAGUUAACCUGUUCGCGGGAAAGUACCACUACUGCUUCAAUGAGACCUCUGAAAUCCGGUUUGAGAUCGAAGAUGUCAACAAUAAAACUGACUGUGAGAAGCUUAUGGAAGAGAACAGUACAGAAAUCAGGUGGAAGAAUGUGAAGAUCAACUUCGACAACGUUGGGGCAGGAUACCUGGCACUGCUUCAAGUGGCGACCUUCAAAGGCUGGAUGGACAUCAUGUAUGCAGCAGUCGACUCCCGCAAGCCUGACGAGCAGCCCAAGUAUGAGGACAACAUCUACAUGUACAUCUACUUUGUCAUCUUCAUCAUCUUCGGCUCCUUCUUCACCCUGAACUUGUUCAUCGGUGUCAUCAUUGAUAACUUCAAUCAACAAAAGAAAAAGUUUGGAGGUCAAGACAUCUUCAUGACUGAAGAACAGAAGAAGUACUACAAUGCCAUGAAAAAGCUGGGCUCCAAGAAACCACAGAAACCCAUCCCCCGCCCUUUGAACAAAAUCCAAGGCAUCGUCUUUGAUUUUGUCACGCAACAAGCCUUUGACAUUGUUAUCAUGAUGCUCAUCUGCCUUAACAUGGUGACAAUGAUGGUGGAGACAGAUACCCAGAGCAAGCAGAUGGAGAACAUUCUCUACUGGAUCAACUUUGUCUUCGUCAUCUUCUUCACCUGUGAGUGUGUGCUCAAAAUGUUCGCCUUGAGGCACUACUACUUCACCAUUGGCUGGAACAUCUUCGACUUCGUGGUCGUCAUCCUCUCCAUUGUGGGAAUGUUCCUGGCUGAUCUGAUUGAGAAAUACUUUGUGUCCCCCACCCUCUUCCGAGUCAUCCGAUUGGCCCGAAUCGGGCGCAUCUUGCGUCUGAUCAAAGGUGCCAAAGGGAUUCGUACCCUGCUCUUUGCCUUAAUGAUGUCCUUGCCUGCUCUUUUCAACAUCGGCCUUCUGCUCUUCCUGGUCAUGUUCAUCUUCUCCAUCUUUGGGAUGUCCAACUUUGCAUACGUGAAGCACGAGGCCGGCAUCGAUGACAUGUUCAACUUCGAGACGUUCGGCAACAGCAUGAUCUGCCUCUUCCAGAUCACGACUUCGGCCGGCUGGGACGGGCUGCUGCUGCCCAUCCUCAACCGGCCCCCCGACUGCAGUCUGGACAAGGAGCACCCCGGGAGUGGCUUUAAGGGGGACUGCGGGAACCCCUCGGUGGGCAUCUUCUUCUUUGUAAGCUACAUCAUCAUCUCCUUCCUGAUCGUGGUGAACAUGUACAUCGCCAUCAUCUUGGAGAACUUCAGCGUGGCCACGGAGGAGAGCGCAGAUCCUCUGAGCGAGGACGACUUCGAGACCUUCUACGAGAUCUGGGAGAAGUUCGACCCCGAUGCCACCCAGUUCAUCGAGUAUUGUAAGCUGGCAGACUUUGCUGAUGCCUUGGAACAUCCUCUCCGAGUGCCCAAACCCAACACCAUUGAGCUCAUUGCCAUGGAUCUACCAAUGGUCAGCGGCGACCGCAUCCACUGCUUGGACAUUCUUUUUGCCUUCACCAAGCGGGUCCUGGGAGACAGUGGGGAGUUGGACAUCCUUCGGCAACAGAUGGAGGAGCGGUUCGUGGCAUCCAAUCCUUCCAAAGUGUCUUACGAGCCAAUCACGACCACGUUGCGGCGCAAGCAGGAAGAAGUUUCCGCCGUGGUCCUCCAGCGCGCCUACAGGGGACACUUGGCACGGCGGGGCUUCAUCUGCAAAAAGCUCACUUCCAAGAAGCUCGAGAAUGGAGGCACACACCGAGAGAAGAAAGAGAGCACCCCGUCCACAGCCUCCCUGCCCUCCUAUGACAGCGUGACGAAGCCCGAGAAGGAGAAGCAGCAGCGGGCAGAGGAAGGGAAAAGGGAAAGAGCCAAGCGACAAAAAGAGGUGAGAGAGUCCAAGUGUUAGAGGACAGCAGAAGGGGAAUAUUGCGUAGAGGUAAGACCUGGAAGUGAAAGAUUGUUUACAAACCUCCUGAAUAUUCUCAAUGCAGAAGAGCUGCGGACACUGUCACCUGAAGACCUAAUACCACACGUAGGCCGCUUCCCGUGUAACACGGCUGCAUCUCGGGCAGUGACCCGCCCAGGGCAGAGGACCCCGCUCCCUGGACACACAGGUUUCCUAAUGCUUGGGCAGGUGGUAACUGCAUGUUCCACAUCAGUCAAUGCAAACUUAGGACAAAACCAAACAGGAUACAAACACAGUGGAGAGGCUGCUGGGACCAGCAUAUUUCCGUUGCAGCCAAAUGGAUUUUUAUUUAUUUAUUUAUUUAUUUAUUUAUUUAUUUAUUUAUUUUGGUUUCGUUGAUUCUCAGACGCAGAAAGCAUCACUUUAAAAAGAAAAAGAAAAAAAAACGUUUGUUUGUUCAUGCAAACUAUAUUUGCAUUCUUACAUUAGUUAAGCUAAGCAGCAAAAAGAACACACACACACACACACACACACACACACACACACACACAUUUAGCCCAUGUCAUUCAAUUGUCAGUUUCUUUGACAUAAGCCGCAUCUUCUCCACAUGGGCUUCACGUGGUUUGGAGAUGGGUGGGGGAAGACAAUCAGGUUUCUUCAGGCUGCGGAGGACUUGCUCAGGCCGAUUCCAAACAUUGUGCUCGUUCAAUGCGUAGAAAUGAUUUGCAUGAUGGCAUGCUGUGAUCAGAAGACAUGCAUGAGAUCCAUACACCACAGGACACUAAUCCUGUCCCCCGCGCUGGCCAGCCUCUCGACAGGACCCAGCCCUGCACCGUUCACUGUAUUUGGAGAAAAAAAAAAUGGUAAGAGUUCCAUAUCUGCUGCGAUUCUUUCUGAAUUCUUAGAAGUCUUUCAUACACCUUCUGGGGAGGGAAACACAACCAACCAAUUGACCGCCACCAACAGCAACAAAACAAACCCAAUCCGACAAGCAGCUGGAUCCGUUGUGUGUCUAUGUUUGACAGACAUCUCUGACAUACCGUCAUUAUUGCACAUUUUGAAAGAUGAAACUCUUUAAUGCUGCUCCGUGUCCCACACACGGGGAAGCUUCGAUUUCGAAUGGCUUGUAUUAAUAAUGUCACUGUAAAACCAAAUCCUAGGGCUAAAAGCAAAAAACAAAAACAAAAAAAAAUGUUCAUUUGUAUCUUGCAAUAUUUAUGAUGAUUGUUUAGCCUUCAUACUAACACUUAUUUGGAGUAGAGACAAAAGUGCUAUUCCAAGUAGCAUGUUAUCUCCUGGGGGAACUUGGGGAACUUAAACCUUUCGUUGGGGUUCCAGGGGUGCUGACUUUAUUUCGUGUCACAUCCUUCUGCGUCAUGGCUUUCUCCAGGUGUGGGUCUCUGUGGAGAGGGGUUCAGCUGUCUGGAACUGCCCCCUCUCUUCCCCAGCGAGGCUGUCUGAGUUCACACGCUCCGUCGUUCCCCCUGCCUCCAUCACAUUUCUCCACGCAGCAGGCUUCCCCUGCCCCCAAGGUGGGUGAGGCCAGCAGCACCGAGGCUGGGGCUGUGAUUUCCUCCAUUUAUUAUUAGGAUCGUCACUGCGGGGGUGCGGGGAACCUGCCAUAGAACCAGGCUCGCCUCUGAGCCAGGCCCGCCUGGUUCCCCUGAGAAAGCAGGCGGCUCCGUGAUGCUCCAGCUCCCCCCGCCCCCGCCCCCGCGCCCUCCCUCUCACCGGUUUUGCUGUCUGCUUAGCGAUGCCCAUUGUCAUUAGAGGGUGGCUCCAGGGGCAGUGUCACAUCCUUCCAUUCCUUCUGCCGUAGGGAAGGGUCUAGAGCCCCGGGUUUUCUCACCUGCUGGCUCAAUUUCAAAGCCAAGACGCUGCAGCUGAAGUCUGUGCAGAGAACAAGGAGGGACUCGACUUGAGCGUAUGAACCAAAUCAAAGGAAAUUCUCCCUAAAUCAUACCGUAGAGGGGAAAGAAAAUCCCCGCCGUCCCCCACCCCCCGAUAAUCCAACACACCAAUCUGCCUUGUAGUAGAAGCACUUUGGAUGUCCUUUCACAGUCCUCCUGACUAGUUUUGCGUAGAACAAACCGCGGCAAGCCAGUGAGCCAAGGUUCCUGUCUUGGUGGACCCUGAGAAACCGUCCAGCUCUCAAUAGCCUGCUUGUGCGGAGCCACCGUAGAACUCGCGCACGAUAGCCAGUGCCAGGUCGGGGAGGCGUUUCUUUUGGUGACCCUGCUAACUGCUAGGAUGAAUGUAUAGUAACGUGUACAGGCUACAUCGUAAACAGCACAACACAUGAUGUGUGUGGUUAGUCUUUUUAAGAGAAUUAUAAAUACUGUAAGAUAUCAUUUUAUUUUAUCGGCAUGCCUUUUGUAAAUACAAAUUAUUGACUUAUUAAAUAGGAAAUGGCUUCUGGCUUAUGCCAUUGUCAUGUUUAUUUUUAUUUUUUAUACUUUCCUUUCUUCUUAGAACUUAGAUGCUGUCAGCCAAUGUAUAUCCCCAAACCAGACAGACAGACAAAAAAUUUUUUAUUGCUAAUGGUCUUUUCCAAAUCAACAAAAAAAAAAUAAUAUAUUUUUGUUCCAAUGUGCAAUAAAUUCUAACCACUUCUAUGCAAGAUUUGGCUAAACUUCAUAAUUGUUCCUAGGCCUUUUGGAUGGGCCACAGAGCUCGCUGUAAGACACCGCUCCGUACCCCCACGUGCUCGUACUAGUGACGUCAUCACGCUACUAAAGCAGAGUAAUCCGAGACCUUUUUCCUCCCCCAGCCCCAGCCCAGCAGGCCUCUCCUCAGUCCCACACAUGCACGAACACACACACGCACACACACAUGCACACGCACCUUGGAAUCUGACGCCUCCGCCUGUGUUGUAGAGAAGCCCCCCACAUACACACUGUCUGCAGUUCUGCGCUAUUCUUUUCACUCUUUCCCACCUCCUCCUCCCUCGCCCACUGUUCUCCCACCCACUCACCCACCCACCCUGCUCCACACGUCUUUGGUAGUUCCUGACACCAUCACCAGCAGUUUACACCCGCGGUUAACAGGCAUUGAACUGAAAACCCAGUGAGGACACUUCCGGACCUCUUCACUGAGUGGGUAAGUGGCAACGCUUUGCCAAAUAUUAACGAAGCCAAUCAAAAAGCAGCAGCAGCCACAGUAUCACUGCACAUAUAUAUAUAGAUAUAUAAAUAUAAUAUAAAUAUUUAUUUUUUUGUAGCCAGGUCCUCGGUGCAGUAUUUAUACUCCACAAUCCACCUUUAAAAAAAAAAAAUACAAACAGAAAAAAAAAAACACAAAGGACAAAGCAAAAAGGUGUGCAAUGCUGUUUAUUUCCAAUGCAGAGCCAAAGCCGCUGAGCAGUAGCUGACUCGGUCGUUGGUUUGUGUGGAAACACACCCCCUCUUCUUUCCCAAGCCUCCUUGUGGCUAGGAUGCUGAGACUCCGUUAGCAAAAGCAGAGGGUGAGAGCAAGGGAAGCGCACCCCGGCCACCUGGACUGCCCCGGGGGCAGGAGCCCCGGGGGCGGCGGGGUGGCGGGGUGGGAGAGAAGCAAAACUCCCAGCUAGAGCCCCUGCGAGACAGUGCCCAGAGUUCUUUUCUGUUUUCGCCACAACCAGUGUGAGCCUGUACCGACCCGUCGUGAAGGUCAGUGUCGUAGCAAAGGCCCGGAGGCCCGGCUCUCCGCCGACAGGAAACAAUAAAAAGCACCCUCUCCGCCCUGCAAGGGGAGCCCGUCUUGGCGUGUGUUUGUCGCUUGAUGGUCCCAAUUCUGGAGUCCUGGGAAGGGGCUGGGAAUUGGGGCCUUCAGCACCCUGGGGGACAGGAAGGGGCUGGAGGGAGAGAAGUCGGAGGGUCUCUUGGCAAGUUCUGGCUGUGAAGUAGAGAGCGGAAGGGAAAGUAGGUCCUGCCCCCAUCCCCACUCACCCCUGCAUGUGGCAUCUCUCCCCUACAGGCCAGAGCUUCCAAGCCAAAUUUUUUCCUCCACAGCCUCCUGGCAGAGCCCUUGGGGAUGAUGUCAGCCAGCCCUGCCAGUGUGUUACGAAAAUAAACAACCCCAGCGCCCCAAAGCUUGGGCAAGCACAAUGCCCCGCCAGCCGCCGCCCUGCUAGCCCAGGCUGGAGCCUGGCAGCAUCACCCUGCCCGCUCAGGCUGGCUUCAUCUACAUUCAUGCUGGGGAGAGCGGCACCCUGCCUUUCCCUCGCCCUCCUACUUUGGGGACCCCCCGCCCCGCCCCAGGCCCUGUCUCCCAGUCCAGGAAAACUCUCAGGAGGAUUUUGAAGUGCCCGCUCUAGUCACUCCAGGAGCCCCACUCCGGAGAAAGAAGGCUGGUAGGUCAGUGCUCUCCUCCCCGGCCCAGCCUCCAGGCCCGCUGUGGAGGCAGAUCGCCAUGGUUACGACUUUGAGACUUGAGUCCUGGGCAUCUUCUGUAACGAUGCCUCUUUCUUUUCUCAGAUGUUGCCCAAAGUUUUGCAAAAAGCUUCGUUCAUUUUCAGGUACCCCCCACCCCCUAAAGAAUCGGCUGCGACUAGCCAGCCAGGGGGCACAUCAGGAGAGAAGAGGAAGUCGGGAUGGGGACGGGCCCAGGGUUUGCACGGGGCCGAGCUCGGUGCCUCCCGGGGUCUCCUCCUCGAGACUUCCUCCCUUUAAGUGCUCCUGAAGCACCGCCUGCCCCUGCCCCCCACUGCUGUUUGCUGUACAUAGAGGCUAAGUGGGGUGGGGUGGGCGGGUGUGCAUGUGUGGUGUGUGUGUGUGUGUGUGUGAAGAAUGUAUAUAGGUAAAGGGGAGCGUGGCCCAGUGGUUCCAGAAAAGGGACAGAACUCCUGCGUUCCAUCCCCAGCUCAACCGCUGGCUCGCUAUGUGGCCUUGGGCAAGUCACUUAACCUCUCUGUGCCUCAGUUUCCCCGUCUGUAAAAUGGGGAUAAUAAUACUGACCUACCUCACAGGGGUGUUGUGAGGCUUUAACUAAAUGUUUUGUAAAAUGUUUUGAGAUACAGAGGCAAAGGCACUAGGGAAGGGCAAAGUAUCAUUUGGACUUAAGGAAGAUGAAAUGGUACCAUAAAUGCUGCUAUUCUGAGAGCCAUUUUAAUCUGCACUGCUCCACCCACCCCCGCUUCUCAUCACCAGGACAGCAGGUCGAGAAAAUGUCUUUCCUUUCACUUGCUUCUGGGGUUUGUGAUUAUUCUAGACACUUAAUUUCCUUCCCUUGCUGUCGUAUCUCCUUCCCUCGCCCCCUCGACUUGUUCCCUGUUCCGUUUAUGCGGAAAUGGCAGAAAUGCUUGAGAACUGAGAAUGUAUAAGUGGAUUGGAAGUUUAUAGUCUGAAGUUUCAAUUUUACUUUGUACUGUACAUCUUUUUACUUUAGAAUUUGCAAUAAAGGGUUACGUCAAUCUUGUUUUCAAUCUCC